AUGGACUCUAUGGCGGUCCAAGAAUUCUCUCGAACCCUGUUUAACAUGAGACCGGACAUAGCCUUGUCCUUGGUCCAAACCAUAUUCCUUAGCUACACGAGACACAUACUAAGCCAUGUCACGGUGCCUUGCCACAUAAUACAAAGUAUGAAGGACUUGGCUGUGCCGGUGGUAGUGUCUGAGUAUUUGCAUCAAAAUCUUGGCGGUGAGUCAAUCGUGGAAGUCGUACCCACAGGAGGUCAUUUGCCACAGCUAAGGUCGCCAGAUAUUUUGAUUCCCGUGCUUCUCAACCACAUUCGCUACAGUAUUGCAGACUUGGAGUAG